ACUGACUAAUAUUCAAGCUAAGUUCCAAAGACCAACGAACUGCCAAAAAACCAUCCAAACCCUCAUGGUGAUCGAAUCUUUACUAUCAAUCUUUUGAGAGCCCAAGAAAUAGUAUAAUUUCUGUGAUAUACAAAGAAUUAUGCCAUGGAGGUCCUCAAUGCAGUAGGAUUGACCCCAAUCUCUGUUCUUAAUUCAGACAGAAGAACAGAACCCAGGAAAUUUUUAUCACUCCACACAAAUUCUCCACUCAAAUUCCCAAAUUAUGCCAAUUCUAGUGCCAACCCAUCAAAAAUUUCAGAGGGUUUGUCAAGGAGCUUUCAAGGGGGUGUAGUGCUUUUAUCUUCAGUUCUUGGUACUGGGUUUGCUAGGGCUUUGACAUAUGAGGAAGCACUACAACAAUUAGUGGGUUCACCCACAUCUGAAUUUGAUCCAAGUGGGGUUCUAGAUGGUGUCAUCACUUUUGGUGUGGAGAAUCCUGCUGUUGUAAUUGGUGGGGUAGCCAUUUUAGCAGUACCACUAGUUCUAUCUCAGGUUUUCAGCAACUCUAAGCCAUGGGGUGUUGAGUCAGCAAAGAGUGCUUAUGCGAAAUUGGCCGACGAGGCCAGUGCUCAAUUGCUUGAUAUAAGAGCACCAGUGGAGUUGAGGCAAGUGGGUAGUCCGGAUAUCCGGGGGCUGAGGAAGAAGCCGGUGUCGGUUGCGUACAAAGGUGAGGAUAAACCGGGGUUCUUGAAGAAGCUUGCUUUCAAGUUCAAGGAACCAGAAACUACCACAUUGUUCAUUCUAGACAAAUUUGAUGGGAACUCUGAACUGGUUGCGGAGUUGGUUACUGCAAAUGGAUUCAAAGCUGCCUAUGCAAUAAAAGAUGGUGCCGAAGGAAGCCGAGGAUGGAUGAACAGUGGUCUUCCCUGGAUACUACCGAGUAAAGGAUUGACCCUUGACCUCAGCAAUUUGACUGAUACGAUUGGUGGUGCACUUGGAGAGGGCUCUGAGGGCUUGUCGGUUACCCUUGGGAUUGCUGCAGCUACUGGAUUAGGUUUAUUGGCAUUUUCGGAGGUGGAAACGGUACUCCAACUUUUAGGCUCAGCUGCACUUGUUCAAUUUAUUAGCAAGAAGCUCCUAUUUGCAGAGGAUCGGAAGGAAACUCUACAAGAAGUUGAUGAGUUCUUGAACACCAAGAUAGCCCCGAAAGAGCUUGUAGAUGAAAUAAAGGAAAUUGGGAAGGCUCUUCUACCGUUACCUGUGAGUAACAAGGCUCUUCCUGCACCUUCAGAGACAAGCCCUGCAGCUGCAGAACCGCCUCCCCAAGUAAAUUCAGUGCCUAAAGCAGAAGUUAAAGCAGAAUCACUUCCCGGACUUUCAAGACCUCUUUCACCAUACCCAUUUUAUCCUGAUUUCAAGCCUCCAACAUCUCCUACCCCCUCACAGCCAUAGAGUUGUAAUUGCAUGCCGACAUCUCCAAGUAUUUUUCUUAUUUUCUCCCGGAAUUUCCAGAGCUUUCUUGUAAGUUGUGUAAUUCAUGCUCCUCUUUUAUAUUAGAUUUUUGUGCUUGUGCCCUGAAGGCAAAAAAUAGAGUUAUGAGUUGAAUAAUUCCUCGUCCGCCACCGGUCUUCCUAUGUUAUGUUUUUGUGCUCUAUAAUAUAUCCAUUUUGGAUCUCAUGUAAACAAGGAUCUUGUAUUAGUUUAAACUACUGUAUAAUUACUUUUUU